AUGGGCAUGAAACUGCGCAGCUGCCUAUUAAGCACAACACAGGCCUCUGUCAAAUGUACCGAUUGUGGGAAGAGCUUCAGCGUCAGCUCCAACCUCUUCCGGCACCAGCGCAUCCACACUGGGGAGAAACCCUACACAUGCUCUGACUGCGGGAAGAGCUUCACAGACAAGUCCACCUUGACCCAGCACCAGCGCAUCCACACGGGCGAGCGGCCCAACACCUGCUCCGAGUGCGGCAAGAGCUUCACGCAGAGCUCCCACCUGAUCCAGCACCAGCGCACCCACACCGGCGAGAAGCCCUACCAGUGCGGGGAGUGCGGCAAGGCCUUCAGCCAGAGCACCAACCUCAUCAAGCACCAGCGCUCCCACACCGGCGAGAAGCCCUACCAGUGCGGGGAGUGCGGCAAGGCCUUCAGCCAGAGCACCAACCUCAUCAAGCACCAGCGCUCCCACACCGGCGAGAAGCCCUACCAGUGCGGGGAGUGCGGCAAGGCCUUCAGCCAGAGCACCAACCUCAUCAAGCACCAGCGCUCCCACACCGGCGAGAAGCCCUACCAGUGCGGGGAGUGCGGCAAGGCCUUCAGCCAGAGCACCAACCUCAUCAAGCACCAGCGCUCCCACACCGGCGAGAAGCCCUACCAGUGCGGGGAGUGCGGCAAGGCCUUCAGCCAGAGCACCAACCUCAUCAAGCACCAGCGCUCCCACACCGGCGAGAAGCCCUACCAGUGCGGGGAGUGCGGCAAGGCCUUCAGCCAGAGCACCAACCUCAUCAAGCACCAGCGCUCCCACACCGGCGAGAAGCCCUACCAGUGCGGGGAGUGCGGCAAGGCCUUCAGCCAGAGCACCAACCUCAUCAAGCACCAGCGCUCCCACACCGGCGAGAAGCCCUACCAGUGCGGGGAGUGCGGCAAGGCCUUCAGCCAGAGCACCAACCUCAUCAAGCACCAGCGCUCCCACACCGGCGAGAAGCCCUACCAGUGCGGGGAGUGCGGCAAGGCCUUCAGCCAGAGCACCAACCUCAUCAAGCACCAGCGCUCCCACACCGGCGAGAAGCCCUACCAGUGCGGGGACUGCAAGAAGAGCUUCUACCGCAGCUCCGACCUCAUCCAGCACCAGAUCACUCACACGGGCGAGCGCCCCUUCAAGUGCGCCCAGUGCGGCAAAGGCUUCACCCAGAGCGCCAACCUGGUGAAGCACCAGAAGAUCCACGCCGGGGAGAAGCCCUUCCGCUGCACCGAGUGCGGGAAGACCUUCAUCCAGAGCACCAACCUCAUCAAGCACCAGCGCUCCCACACCGGCGAGAAGCCCUACCAGUGCGGGGACUGCAAGAAGAGCUUCUACCGCAGCUCCGACCUCAUCCAGCACCAGAUCACUCACACGGGCGAGCGCCCCUUCAAGUGCGCCCAGUGCGGCAAAGGCUUCACCCAGAGCGCCAACCUGGUGAAGCACCAGAAGAUCCACGCCGGGGAGAAGCCCUUCCGCUGCACCGAGUGCGGGAAGACCUUCAUCCAGAGCUCGGAGCUCAUCCAGCACCAGCGCACCCACACCGGCGAGAAGCCCUACGAAUGCCUGCAGUGCGGGAAGAGCUUCGGGCACAGCGCCACGCUGGCCAAGCACGGCAGGAUCCACACGGGGGAGCGGCCCUACCCGUGCGAGGAGUGCGGGAAGAGCUUCUCGGAGAGCGCCAAGCUCCUGGAGCACCAGAGGAUCCACACGGGCUUGAAACCCUACAAGUGCCCGAGCUGCGGGAAAGCCUUCUGCCACAGCUCCUCGCUGGCCAACCACCAGCGGGGGCACACGGGCGAGCGGCCCUACACGUGCGCCCACUGCGGAAAGGGCUUCAGCCAGAGCUCCACCCACACCCAGCGCCUGAGAACCCACACCGGCGAGCGGCCCUACACGUGCGCCCACUGCGGAAAGGGCUUCAGCCAGAGCUCCACCCACACCCAGCGCCUGAGAACCCACACCGGCGAGCGGCCCUACACGUGCGCCCACUGCGGAAAGGGCUUCAGCCAGAGCUCCACCCACACCCAGCACCUGAGAACCCACACCGGCGAGCGGCCCUACCAGUGCGGGGAGUGCGGGAAGAGCUUCAGCGUGAGCUCCAGCCUGGUGGUCCACCAGAGGAGCCACACGGGAGAGAGACCCUACCAGUGUCCCGACUGCGGGAAGAGCUUUAGUGGCUGGCCAAAUUUUAGCCGGCAUCUGCGGACCCACGCCCAGGAGUAAACCCGGGAGGUGAUCUGAUUCAGGGCAAGGUAACUGUGAAUGCUCUGGGCUCUUUAGACACCAGGGAACCCCUGGAACAGAGAGACCCUACAAAAACCCCAACUGCAGCCAGAGCCUCUGCCUCAGCUUGGCACUUAGGGUCUGUCUGGGGCAACCCUACAAACGCUGCUGGCAGACUUUUAAUUGCAGGACAAACCACUAAUGUUCAUCAGAGGAUCCACAGCAGAGACCGGCCUGAGAAAUACCGGGGCAGUAAGCGUGGUUCACAGCUCCGAGCAGGACUUGUGUCGUGGAGGAGGUGCGGGGCUUUGUGGUUAACGUGGGGAGGGUGGCGACCUGGUUUCUUUUCUACCUCUUGGUUUUGGACAUGCCAUUUUGUGGCCCUGGUGCAAUCAUCUGAGAGGUUAAAAAUUCAACUUGACCAUGAAA